GUUCUCACUGCAGUCGCCGGUAUCCUCGUCCUCGAAGCGUUCGCUACAAUCGCGUAUCUCCGAUGGCACGAUCGGUCGAGUAAGGCUAAAUGGAAGCGUUUGCGAGAGCGAGGCGUUGUCGUCGUCGACGGACCGGUCCUGAUGUGGACUGAUAACUUGCCGCCUCGCCCAACAAACUCGACUUUCAAUCUGCAUCAGACUUUGCAA